UAGGAGUGCUGUGCUGCUGGAUUGGCACUUUAACUACAAAGAUCCUAUGUAUGGGACACAGUGAUAAAUCAAAUGUGGCUGCUGUACAUCAGAAGCCUCAUUUGUGUAUAUUCGGUGAUUAAUCGCCACAAGAAAUAAAAUGAAAAAGUAAAACUUAUGGGCCAUCAAAAACAGUUUCCACUCAGACAUCUCUGUCCAGUAUGACACAAUUGAGAGAGCAUUCAAGCAAACUACGGAUCAAGAUGAAGACUGUUUUAUUCAUCCUGCUUAUGAGUUACUUCUUUAUUCCAUCAGUUGUCCCCUUGCAAUGCUACAGCUGCACUAAUGCUCAAAGCAAUGAAAUCUGCAACCAGAACUCACCGGUAAAUUGCACAGGUAGUCAGGACAGAUGCAUGGUAUCCAAGGUCAGCGCAACUAUACUGGGAAAAGAAGUAACUACUUUGACAAAGGGCUGCAUUGAAAAUUCGAAGUGUACUGGAACCGUCAGUGUCGUAAUCGUCAGUGCUGGGACUAACUGCUGUGAUAAGGACCUAUGCAAUGUGAAUGGUUCAGUUACUUUCCAUGAAAACAAAUUGAUGCUUACAGCUUGUGCAAGUCUCAUUUGGCUAAUCCUCAAGCUGAUAAACUAGUUUGGGCUUUUAACAUGUAGAAUGCAGCUUUUGCUUACACUGAUCUAAUUACAAACCAGCUUACUAAUUUUACUUAGAACAAAAAUCCACGAACAAAAGUUAGCUGAUGCAUUUUGAAGUUUCUAACUUUGCAUUCAUGCCAUGAUUUACUAUAGUGAUCCCAUAUUGAUCAAAAUGCAAUCAAAUGAUACCACAUGCUUACUAUCCUGUCACUCAAAAAAUAGGCAAACCAAAUUAAUAAAAUAACUUAAAGAUACUUAAGUAUCAAAUGAACACUUACCGACUUCAUGAACAAUGUAACCAAUGAUUAUGGCCAAUUUUACUCCAUUUGCAACUAUUCCAUAAGAUUAAAGCAAAACUGUUCCAUAGGAUUAAUGUGACCUCCAUUAAUGUGACCUCCAUAGCAUAGAGAUAAAAUUGCUAAAAGUAGUUGUACAACAAUAACAAAAAGGGUAGCACAGUGGCCAGCACUGUUGCCUCACAGCACCAAGGACCUGGGUUUGAUUCCACCUUU